AUGAGUUCAGGGAUGAUGUUCUGCCCCGAAUGCAACAAUAUGUUGCAACCGAAGGAAGACCGGCAGAGGCAGCAACUAAAAUUUCUCUGCCGCCGCUGCGACUUCUUUCGUUAUGCUGAGGGCACAUAUGAAGAAAACUGCGUCGAUAGGAUUAACUUCAGCUACAAAUCUAAUGCAUAUGCUAAGCUUCCUUUUGUCCGUUUGUUUGUUUUCAUCAGAGAAGAUAUGAUGAUUUCUCCAGAUCUAUCACAAGACCCAACUCUGGGGCGAGUUCCAGAUUGGCGCUGCCCAGCCUGUGGCAAUUUAGGUUGCGUUUUCUUUCAAUUGCCAGAGAGGGUUGCAGAGGAUGCGAUGACUUUGGUGUAUGUCUGCACAAAAAGCGGAUGCGGGUAUUCCGUUAAGCAGGAUGCAUCUCAAGAGGCAGAUGCAGAUGCAGAGGAUUCCCCAGAGGCCCUGGGAAGGAUAAAGCCGGCGAAUUUGCAAGUCAAACAGCCUCCACCACAAGAACUUGAGGCGCACGAACAGCCUGAAGAAGCAAGGGGAGAAGAUGACGGAGAAGUGGAUGCUGAAGGAGAUGCGGACCUCUUUGGAGAUGAUCAAGCCUUUGGAUUCAACAACGAAUUAGAAGAAGAAAUCGCACAAAAUGAUGAAUUCGAUCAGGGAAUUGCAGAAAAUGAACUUGAACAAGAAAUCGCCCUUGAAGGAGGCGAAGAAGACGCCGAAAACAACUUCGGGUUCGGUUCUGUUUAA